AAGACUACCUCCCAAAAAUAUUCCGCGGACCUCCUCCCACCGAUCCCGGCGUCCUCUUCUCUUCUCUUUCCCGCAUCCUCCGCCGCCUCGUCACGGGCGUUCGCGGUCUCGCCCCAGGCAACCCAAUGGCCGCCGCCGUCCCCAAUGGCUACGCCGCCGCCGCCGCGGGCGACGGCGUGCCCCCGCUGCGGCCUUCGUCGUCGUCGCUGGUGUUCCUUGGCACGGGGUGCUCGAGCGCCGUGCCGAACGCGCGGUGCCUGAUCCAACCCACUGACCCGCCCUGCCCCGUCUGCUCCCAGUCCCUCUCCGUCCCGCCCGAGCUAAACCCUAACUACAGGUGCAACACAUCUCUUUUGAUUGACUAUUGCCAAGAUGAAGGUGCACACAAAUAUAUUAUAAUUGAUGUUGGGAAGACAUUCCGAGAACAAGUUCUGCGAUGGUUUGUUCGCCACAAAAUCCCUUGUGUUGAUUCCAUUAUUCUGACUCAUGAGCAUGCAGAUGCAAUCUUAGGUCUUGAUGAUAUCCGGGUCGUACAGCCAUCUAGUCCCACAAAUGAUAUUGAUCCAACCCCAAUUUACCUCACUCAAUUUGCUAUGGACAGCAUCUCUAAAAAGUUCCCUUACUUGAUCAAAAAGAAACUAAAGGAAGGGGAGGAGGUCCGGCGAGUUGCUCAACUUGACUGGAGAAUAAUCGAGACUGAUAUUCAGAAACCAUUUACAACUUCAGGGCUAGAGUUUGUUCCGUUGCCGGUGAUCCAUGGUGAAGAUUACAUUUGCUUGGGUUUCCUUUUUGGAAGAAAAUCUAAAGUUGCUUAUAUUUCGGAUGUUUCAAGGUUUCCUCCAAGCACAGAAUAUGCAAUUUCGAAGUCUGGAGAGGGCCAACUGGAUUUGCUCAUCUUGGAUUGCCUAUACAGGACAGGUUCUCACAAUGUGCACCUUUGUUGGGACCAGUCAUUAGAUGCUAUUAAGAGGAUUUGCCCCAAAAGAGCAUUGCUCAUUGGCUUGACUCAUGAGAUGGACCAUCACAAGGACAACCAAACAUUGGAAGAAUGGUCCAGAAGGGAGGGGAUAGAUGUGCAGUUAGCUCGUGAUGGUUUACGUGUCUACAUUGAUCUGUAACCGUGAAAGGGCCAUUGCAUAUUCAGUGACCUGCACCAGGUUCCCUGUUGCUUAACAUUCAGUCCCCCUUGAGAAGAAAGUACAAACUGACUAAAAAGUCAAAAUUUCUGUGGUGCACCAAUCUUGGUGCAAAACCAGUAGAUAUAGUAGAAUCCUAGUCUACAUUUCUACAGUAUAUACAUGAUUUCGAAUAAAAAAAAGGGUCAAGUGGAAGGUACACUAGACUAGCUGCGUCUUAAUGUCUUAAUCCAACGGGUAGCCACUAGCCAGUAUUGCUUUUCGAGAGAAACAUGGCUUGAAUAGCAUGCAGGUACUGCAAGCAUUUUGAAGCAGCUCUGUCAAAGAAUAUCGUAGCCUUUAGUGGAUGGACUUCGUGGUGGCAGGGUCGCACAUUCUCGGAAAACCCUGCUUGUAAAUAGCGCAUCAAAGACCGGAGAAAGAAGAUGGUUUUAGUGAUUUCGCUUGGAAAUGGAGAUGAUUUUUUUUGACGGUAAAUGGAUGAUUUUUAAUGUGUUUUUUUUGGUAGCAAACGGUUUUCGCCAACAAAUAGCUAUGAUCUUGCAGCGGUCGUGAGU